AUGGAUAAAAAUGAGGCAGAAACUGGUCUUCGUGAAUGUAAUAAAGCUAUUCGCCGAAUCAACCAUAAUUUAAAAAUUGCUGCGACCGUGGGGGAAAAACAACGAUUAUGUGCUGCUUUAGCUAAUAUUAAGAGCUAUCGAUCGCAAAUAAAGAAUUUGCGAAAAAAAGGAAAAGGUCUAAAGGAAACUGCAAAAAACCAUGUACUCUGGCAAGAUUCUUUAUCGACUUUCAAUAGUCGCAUUCAUACUGGAGUAAUUACAAAUCUGCAACACAAAGAUCCGAAGACUUUUUUACAAGAUUGCAAAUCUAUUUUUGAACGAAAAAUCCAUAAUACGUUACAAACAAAAGAUGCCAUUAAAGUCAAUGUUGUUUUUUGUGGUGAAUUUGUUUUAUCGAAGGCUGAUAGAGUUCAAACUGAAUUUAAGUACUUCACAACUUCUAAUUCACCGAUAUAUAAAGACAGUAACAUCGGUCAAUGGUUUGAUAAAAAUGUUGUUCAUCCCAUUUUAACUGAACUUGAGGAAUUUCAAGAACGUGAUAGUGGAUAG